GCCCGGGCUAAGCUUUCGGUGGGUUUGCUGAUGUUUUUGGGCGCCGCGGCGGUGUCAGGUUUUGUUGCGGUGGCUUCGGUGUGUGGGGGGUUUGGCGAUGGGCUUUCGGCGAUUGGGAGAGUGGGGUUUAGGGGUUUAGUGAUGGGGUUGCUUUAUGGGCUGUAUUAUGUGUAUAAUCGCAGGUGGGUCUUGGAGUUUCCCAUUAUUCAGCGUCCUCCUUUUUUCAGCUUCAAAAUGGGGCUCCUUCGGCUAUCACACGAUCCUUGAAGCUUUCCUUUGUGGCGUACCUUUUUUCAGCUGCUCUGCUGGUGUUUCUGCCACACCACAAUCAGAACCAGGCUACAACUGGAAAGUUUAUUGCUGAGCAGAUCAGACUCUACACUGGGAGUUUCUUAGUGUUACUAUGCUGGGAACUAAGUCACCAUUUACAUCGGGUGCUUCAUACAAAGAGAUUCGUAUUUGCACCACCUAAAGGAUCAGCGGCAGCAGAAACAAAUCCAAGUGAGAUUCUCCUUGCAGCUCUGGAGGAGAGCAGUCCUAGUUCUCUUCUUCAGUAUCUUGCCUAUCUUGAUCUCUGUAUGGUUUGCGAGAAUAAUGUGGAUGCUUGGAGAAGAGCUGCAUUUUUUGAGGAAACUGGUGAAACUUACAGAAGAGUUAUAUCUGUAUGCUUGCGGCCUCUGGAGCAGCUUGCAUCCAAGAUGGGUGAAGUCUUGGAAAGUUCCGUUGAAAACGGCUCCCGAAUAUCCAGUCAGUUACUGCCCCCAACCGACCAGCGACUAGACUCAAAAUACUCUGAGCCUUUGGAUAACUUCCAGUUGUAUGCAUGGUGUGCAUGGACAGCUGCCUCGCUAACUGCAUGCUCACACAAAGAGGACAGAUACGGGGUUGCCCAGAUCACUGGUAGUAACGCUGCUGUGAUGUCAACGCUGAUUUCUUGCCUUCUUGCUGUUGAAACAUACAUGGGGAAGAAGACCACUUUGCUGUCUGCUAAUCAGUUCAUGGGGUUAACCGGUUUUAAAUUGAGAAACUCAAGCAUGGCCAAUACUAGCAUGAGUAAAAAGAGAGCCAGCCCGCUUCAUUCAAAAGCAUAUGCUGUUGCUGAUGUACUGAGGAACUCAAUCUACCAAAUUGUGUCUGCUUUCCAUGAUCAGAUGGCAGCAAGCAGUGCUAAAAAGGGCAUUCUUGAGAAGGAUUGGAUCGUUAGGGGCAAGCCUCCUUUCGGACCACGCGAACUUCUCGUGCAGAAACUGCUUCAAUUCCUCGACUUUAGAGCUAGCUAAUUGCUUAUUAAUUUGCUGGGAUUCAAGCCUCUUCCUUUAAUCAUUGGACUUACUUGCGGACGCAUACGAAGAGCUGGUUUUGUUUCUUAACCCCAAACAUGAUUGGUGGAUGGGAUGAGCUGAAGGAGAUAACAUCGGAUUUAGUACAAAGCAAUAUCAAAUUUGGAUCUUAUAAAUUGAGUUGUAUGGUUGAUAGGAAGCACUUGCAUCAACUAGUAUACCGAAAUAAAAAAAAUUUCCGGUUUACUUUGUAUUAUUGCCUAUCGAACCUAGGACCAGCUGUAUGAAAUACUCACUCAGAUUCUCUCCAACUACUAAAACAUCCCGUGGUGGUUAAAUUA